AUGAAGUUGACCUCUUUGUACUUGGUUGUGACACUUUGUGUCUUCUGCAAAGAUGGUGAAGCCUCAUUUAACAGCACAGAAUCAGGUCAGUACCUUUCAGAAAUUAAUCUUGAUUUAAAGAUAUCAAGGAGGUCUCUGAACCUGCUUUUGGAAUCCAGAACAAAUACAGUAGGUGUCACGAGCUCACCUGACUGCAGUACCUCUGCACCUCUCAAUACUUCAGAAAAAGGAUCUCAUAUUCCAGAAGCAACUCCAAAAUACUCAGAAACAGAUGCCAUUAUUGGUGAAGCUUCCACUUGGGGCAAAGGAGCAUACAAAGCUUUCAACGGCCGCAUCUUCUCCUUUGAGUCGUCGUGCGCGUACACUUUCUGCCGCCACUGCGCUGACUCUGGAGAUUUCAAUAUUGAGAUCAAACGGGGCAAUGAGAGUGAGAUUGAAAAAAUAACGGUUAUGAUUGACAGUAAUGACGUCUCUAUUUCUGGCGAUGCCAUCUUAGUUAAUGGAGAAAGUGUACAGCUGCCAUAUAACAAUAAGCUGAUUCACAUUAAAAAAUAUGGAGAAUAUAAUAUCUUGAAUAGCCGUAGAGGAAUUUUGUCUUUAAUGUGGGACAAAAAUAACAAGCUCUCACUCACUCUUCACAAGCAGUAUCCAACCUGUGGUCUUUGUGGUAAUUUCAACACCACUCCAGGAGAAGAUAUCAAUGAGCACAUUGCCAAUAGCAAAAUUACUGGUGAUUGCCCCAAAGCUCUUAGUAAAAACUAUGAAGUUUGUGAAGAUGGAGUACAGCACUGUAACAAAAUUAUUGGAGCCUACUUUGAGAAAUGUGGAAAGGUUAAUGCUUUGUCCAGUGACUACAAAAUGAUCUGCAUUGAUGAAUACUGCCGACAAGGAGACAAGAAGUCCACAUGUGACACUUACUCAGAACUGUCCCGUCUUUGUGCCGCAGAUGGUCCUGGCACCUAUGAAUCCUGGCGAGAAGAUUCUGAUGUGGAUUGUGAAAAACCUAGAUGCCCAGAAAAACAUAUCUACAAAGAGUGUGGCCUCGCAAACCCUGCAACUUGUUCUAAUGUGGCUCCUUUUCAAGACAGUGAAUGUGUGAGUGGCUGUACCUGCCCAGAAGGCUAUCUAUUGGAUGAUAUUGGAGAGAAAGGGAGAUGUGUAUUGAAGGCUGAGUGUCCCUGUGAGUCUAAUGGAAAAGUCUAUCCGUCCGGAGAAGUCCGGAAAGGACCCUGUGGUUCUCAGUGCACAUGCCAGGAAGCAAAGUGGUCUUGCACCGAAGCACUGUGUCCUGGAAGAUGUAAGGUGGAAGGAAGUUCAAUUACCACCUUUGAUGGUGAAAAAUAUAACCAUCCUGGGAACUGUCACUUUUUGGCCAUCCACGAUGAAGAUUGGUCUGUUAGUAUCGAGCUUCGUCCAUGUCCAAGUGGUCAGUCAGGCACGUGCUUAAAUAGUGUUACACUCCUCUUGAAUUCGUCUGGUUCAGUUGACAAAUAUAUAUUCAGUAGAGAUGGAACAGUCACAAAUGACAAGAUUGGAGAUAAAAAUUACUACUAUUCAGACAAAGUACAGAUAUUCAAGCCAUUUUCCUCAUACUUGCAAGUAGAAACAAACUUUCACGUAAAAAUGCAAAUACAGAUUCUUCCCGUGAUGCAAUUAUAUGUUUCCAUGCCACCCAACCAGUUCACAGACACAGUGGGGCUCUGUGGUUCCUACAACAACAGAGCUGAGGACGAUUUCAUGUCAAGUCAGAAUAUAUUGGAAAAGACAUCACAGGCAUUUGCUGAUUCUUGGGAAAUGAGGUCCUGUCCUAAAGGAAACCCAGCUUCAUGCAUCAGUAUAGAAACAGAAAAGUUUGCUGAAAAGCACUGUGGAAUUCUUCUUGAUUCAAGUGGGCCUUUUGCUUCCUGUCAUGCAAUUGUGAAUCCUAAACCAUAUCAGGAGGAAUGCAAAAAACACACAUGUACUUGUGAAAAUAGUCAAGACUGCCUGUGUGCAAUUUUAGGCAACUAUGCGAAAGCAUGUGCCGAGAAGGGAACAUACAUAGUGGGGUGGAGAACUGGACGAUGUGAUUACUCUUGUCCAAGUGGCCUAGUUUUCAAGUACAAUGUAAAAGCCUGCAAUAGUUCUUGCCGAUCAUUGUCAGAAAGGGACAGAAGCUGCGAUAUAGAAGAUGUUCCAGUGGAUGGAUGCGCUUGCCCUGAUGGGAUGUACCAGGAUAGUGAGGGAAACUGUGUUUCCAGAUCUCAGUGUGACUGCUACAUAAACGAUAAGGUCUUGAAACCAGGCAAACUCGUCCAUAUUGAAGACAAUAAAUGUGUCUGUGAGGAUGGAAUUAUUCUUUGUCAGACUCCCAUUGAUUUAAUCCAACAGAAUUGCUCUGGAGGGGCCGAGUAUGUUGGCUGCAGUGAUCCUAAGGCAAAGAGAAGAGUUGACCGUACAUGUAGCACUCGGAACAUACCUAAUUUUGAUGAGAAUUUGUCUUGCAAACGUGGGUGCUAUUGUCCGGAAGGAAUGGUUCGAAAUUCUAAAGGGCAAUGUGUCUUUCCUGAUGACUGCCCAUGCUCCUUUGGUGGACGAGACUAUGACCAAGGAAGUGUCACCUCAGUAGGCUGCAAUGAAUGUACUUGCAUAAAAGGAUCUUGGAACUGUACACAAAAUGAAUGUCAAACUACCUGCCACAUCUAUGGGGAAGGUCAUGUUCAAACUUUUGAUAGAAAAACUUACAGCUUUGAUGGCCUCUGCCAGUAUUCAUUUGUUGAGGAUUACUGUGGUCGUGAAAAUGGCACAUUCCGUAUUUUAACUGAAAGUGUCCCAUGCUGUGAAGAUGGGCUCACCUGCUCAAGAAAAAUCAUCGUUGCCUUUCAGGAUCAGAAUGUCAUCUUGCAUGAUGGUAAAGUAACAGCAGUCAAAACUACAGAAAGUAGGGAAUGUGAACUCAAUGGAAAUGCAUACUCUGUACAUACUGUCGGCCUGUACUUAAUUCUGAAAUUUGUCAUUGGAGUAACUGUGAUUUGGGACAAAAACACAAGAGUGUCUGUUAUAUUGGAUCCACAGUGGAAUGGCAAAGUGUGUGGUCUUUGUGGAAAUAGCAAUGGUGACCUCAAAGAUGAUUUCACAACACGACACUCAUCAGUAGCCACUGGAGCACUGGAGUUUGGAAACAGUUGGAAAACUACUCAAGAAUGUUCAGACACUGUAGCUCAAACUUUCCCAUGUGACUCAAACCCAUACUGCAAAGCCUGGGCUGUGCGGAAGUGUGAGAUCAUCCGGGACAACACUUUCAGAGACUGCCAUAGCAAGGUGGACCCCAGUGCUUACUACGAUGCAUGUAUCGAAGAAGCCUGUGCAUGUGACAUGGAGGGGAAGUACUUGGGAUUCUGCACAGCUGUGGCUAUGUAUGCAGAGGCAUGCAGUGCAGUUGGGGUCUGUGUCACAUGGAGAAAACCGGAUCUUUGUCCCGUCUACUGUGAUUAUUACAAUGCUCCUGGAGAAUGCAGCUGGCACUACGAACCUUGUGGGACAGUGACAGCAAAAACAUGCAAAGAUCGAGUUAUUGGCCAGAAAUUUUCUGCACUUUUAGAAGGCUGUUAUGCUAAGUGCCCAGACAGUGCUCCUUAUCUGGAUGAGAACACCAUGAAAUGCGUCAGUUUAUCUGAGUGCAGCUGCUUCUACAACGACAUCAUACCAGCGGGUGGAGUGAUCCAAGACAACUGUGGGAGAACCUGCUAUUGCAUCGCAGGAGAGUUGGUGUGCAGUGCAUCUUCCAUUUCAGGGAGUACAACAUCAAGCAGUGAAACAAUAGGUGUUACAGGAACUCAGUUUCCCAUCACUAUCACAGCUGGAAGUGCAGGAACGACAGAAGUAGUGGGUCCCCUCUUCACCAGUCCUUGGCAUGUAUCAGGGACCACAGGAGCAUCAGCAGAUGCAACCACAGAAGCCAAAACCAACAUUACAGGCAACACAGGCUUCAGAGAUGCUGGAUCAGGGGCCCCUACUGCACCAGUGAUAGAACCCAAAGAAGACACUACGCCCAGAGAACCAAGCACAGGAGCAGCAAGCCCAGGAAAUUCAGGGACAACUGGACAAUCAGCUGAAGGAUCGGGUGCUACAACAGUACCGUACUCUGGAGUGACAGGAAUAUUGGGACCAACAUCUGGUGGACCAAGAAAAACUGAACGACCAUCUGAAGUAACUGGGACUAAGGAAACAAUAGCGGAAAUGACAGGGACAACAAGGACAUCACUUGGGAAAUCAAGAACAACUCAACAAUCUGCUGAAGGAUUAGGAACACUGUCAUCUACAGAAUUAGGAACAUCUACAAUAUCAGCUGGAGUGCCAGGAAAAACUGUCCCAUCAAGUGGAGGGUCCAGGAGCACAGGCUCAUCAUCUGGAUCAAGAGGAACAACGAGAUCAUAUGUUGCAGGUUCAGAAACAACUGGACAUUCAUCAAACACAAACGAAGGAGCAAAAGCAAUGCCAGAGAUAACUGGAUCAUCGUCUGAAUCAUCAUCAGCAACUAAACCACAAACUGGAGGAGUAGAGACAAAUGGAUCACCAACAGAAGAAUCAGAGACUACAGAACCAUCUACUGUAGAAGCAGGAUCAGCAAGAACACUAUCCAUAGGUUCAGGAACCACUGCAUCAUCAACUGAAAAAUUAGGGACAACUGGACCAUCAGCUUCAGGUGCAGGAACAAGUGGUCCAGGAGCUAGAGUGUCAGGAAGCCCUGGAGUCACACCUGGAGGGUCAGGGAGAACUGGUACAGCUGCUGGAAGUCCAGGCACAGGUUCAAGAACCACUGCAUCAUCACCUGAAAAAUCAGGGACAACUGGCCCAUCAGCUCCAGGUUCAGAAACAAGUGGUCCAGCAGCUGGAGGGUCAGAAAGCUCUGGAGUAACACCUGGAGGGUCAGGGACAACUGGUUCAGCUGCUGGAUAUGCAGGCUCAACUGGGUCAAAUCAAGCAGGAUCUGGGACACCUGGACCAUCAGCUGGAGGAUCAGGGACCACAGGACCAUCUGCUGGAAAAACAGGAUCAGCAGAAACACCUUCAAUAGGUUCAGGAACCACUGCAUCAUCAUCUGAAAAACCAGGGACAACUACACCAUCAGCCUCAGGGACAACUGGUUCAGCUGCUGGAAUUCUGGGUACUACUCGGUCAACUCAAGGAAGAUCUGGGACAACUGGACCAUCAGCUGGAGGAUCAGGGACCACAGGACCUUCUGCUGGAAAAACAGGAUCAGCAGGAACACCUUCCGUAGGUUCUGGAACCACUGCAUCAUCACCUGAAAAAUUAGGGACAACUGGACCAUCAGCUUCAGGUGCAGGAACAAGUGGUCCAGGAGCUAGAGUGUCAGGAAGCCCUGGAGUCACACCUGGAGGGUCAGGGAGAACUGGUACAGCUGCUGGAAGUCCAGGCACAGGUUCUGGAACCACUGCAUCAUCAUCACAAAAACCAGGGACAGCUGGACCAUCAGCUUCAGGUGCAGGAACAAGUAGUCCAAGAACAGGUGGGUCAGGAAGCCCUGGAGUCACACCUGAAGGGUCAGAGACAACUGGUUCAGCUGCUGGAAAUCCAGGCACAGGUGGGUCAACUCAAACAGGAUCUGGGACACCUGGACCAUCAGCUGGAGAAUCAGGGACCACAGGACCUUCUGCUGGAGAAACAGGAUCAGCAGGAACACCUUCCAUAGGUUCAGGAACGACUGGAUCAUCAUCUGAAAAACCAGGGACAACUGGACCAUCAACUACAGGUUCAGGAACAAGUGGUGCAGGAGCGGGAGUGUCAGGAAGCCCUGGAGGGACAACUGGUUCAGCUGCUGGAAUUCUGGGUACUACUCGGUCAACUCAAGGAAGAUCUGGGACAACUGGACCAUCAUCAGGGACAACUGGUUCACCUGCUGGACUUCCGGGCACAACUGUGUCAACUCAAACAGGAUUUGGGACAUCUGGACAAUCACCAGGAGGAUCAGGGACCACAAGACCAUCUGCUGGAGAAACAGGAUCAGCUGCUGGAAAUCCAGGCACAGGUGGGUCAACUCAAACAGGAUCUGGGACCACUGGUCCAUCAGCUGGAGGAUCAGGGACCACAGGACCAUCUGCUGGAGAAACAGGAUCAGCAGGAACACCUUCCGUAGGUUCUGGAACCACUGCAUCAUCAUCACAAAAACCAGGGACAACUGGACCAUCACCUCCAGGAUCUGGGACACCUGGACCAUCAGCUGGAGGAUCAGGGACCACAGGACCUUCUGUUGGAGAAACAGGAUCAGCAGGAACAGGACAACUGGACCAUCAACUACAGGUUCAGGAACAAGUGGUGCAGGAGCUGGAGUGGACCACUGGUUCAGCUGCUGGAAUUCUGGGUACUACUCGGGUCAACUCAAGGAGGUCUGGGACAACUGGACCAUCAGCUGGAGGAUCAGGGACCACAGGACCAACCACAGGACCAUCUGCUGGAGAAACAGGAUCAGCAGGAACACCUUCCGUAGGUUCUGGAACCACUGCAUCAUCAUCACAAAAACCAGGGACAACUGGACCAUCACCUCCAGGUGCAGGAACAAGUAGUCCAAGAACAGGUGGGUCUGGAAGCCCUGGAGUCACACCUGGAGGGUCAGAGACAACUGGUUCAGCUGCUGGAAAUCCAGGCACAGGUGGGUCAACUCAAACAGGAUCUGGGACACCUGGACCAUCAGCUGGAGGAUCAGGGACCACAGGACCUUCUGCUGGAGAAACAGGAUCAGCAGGAGCACGGUCCAUAGGUUCAGGAACCACUGCAUCAUCAUCUGAAAAACCAGGGACAACUGGACCAUCAACUACAGGUUCAGGAACAAGUGGUGCAGGAGCUGGAGUGUCAGGAAGCCCUGGAGUAACACCUGGAGGGUCAGGGACAAGAGGAUCUGGGACAACUGGACCAUCAGCUGGAGGAUCAGGGACCACAGGACCUUCUGCUGGAGAAACAGGAUCAGCAGGAGCACCUUCCAUAGGUUCAGGAACCACUGCAUCAUCAUCUGAAAAACCAGGGACAACAGGACCAUCAUCUACAGGUUCAGGAACAAGUGGUGCAGGAGCUGGAGUGUCAGGAACCCCUGGAGUAACACCUGGAGGGUCAGGGACAACUGGUUCACCUGCUGGAAGAUCUGGGACCACUGGUCCAUCAGCUGCAGGAUCAGGGACCACAGGACCUUCUGCUGGAGAAACACUGGAGGGAGGAUCUGGGACAAGUGGAUCAUCAGCCGGAGGAUCAGGGACCACAGGACCAUCUUCUGGAGAAACAGGAUCAGCAGGAGCACCUUCCGUAGGUUCAGGAACCACUGCAUCAUCAUCUGAAAAACCAGGGACAACGGGACCAUCAUCUACAGGUUCAGGAACAAGUGGUGCAAGAGGUGGAGUGUCAGGAAGCCCUGGAGUCACAUCUGGAGGAUCAGGGACAACUGGUUCAGCUGCUGGAUAUGCAGGCUCAACUGGGUCAAUUCAAGCAGGAUCUGGGACACCUGGACCAUCACCUGAAGGAUCAGGGACCACAGGACCAUCUGCUGGAAAAACAGGAUCAGCAGAAACACCUUCUAUAGCUUCAGGAACCACUGCGUCAUCAUCUGAAAAUCCAGGGACAAGUGGACCAUCAGGUCCAGGAGGAUCUGGGACAACUGGACCAUCAGAUGGAGGAUCAGGGACCACAGGACCAUCUUCUGGAGAAACAAGAUCAGCAGGAGCACCUUCCGUAGGUUCAGGAACCACUGCAUCAUCAUCUGAAAAACCAGGGACAACUGGACCAUCAGCUCCAGGUGCAGGAACAAGUGGUCCUGGAGCUGGAGGGUCAGGAAGCCCUGGGGUAACACCUGGAGGGUCAGGGACAACGGGUUCAGCUGCUGGAUUUCCGGGCACAACUGGGUCAACUCAAGCAGGAUCUGGGACUCCUGGACCAUCAGCUGGAGGAUCAGGGACCACAGGACCUUCUGCUGGAGAAACAGGAUCAGCAGGGAGAAGCCCUGGGGUAACACCUGCAGGGUCAGGGACAACUGGUUCAGCUGCUGGAUUCCUGGGUACUACUCGGUCAACUCAAGGAGGAUCUGGGACAACUGGUCCAUCAGCUGGAGGAUCAGGGACCACAGGACCAUCUGGUUCAGGAACCACUGCAUCAUCAUCUGAAAAACCAGGGACAACAGGACCAUAUUCUACGGGUUCAGGAACAAGUGGUGCAGGAGCUGGAGUGUCAGGAACCCCUGGAGUAACACCUGGAGGGUCAGGGACAACUGGUUCAGCUGCUGGAAGUCCAGGCACAGGUGCGUCAACUCAAGCAGGAUCUGGGACCACUGGUCCAUCAGCUGCAGGAUCAGGGACCACAGGACCUUCUGCUGGAGAAACAGGAUCAGCAGGAACACCUUCCAUAGGUUCUGGAACCACUGCAUCAUCAUCUGAAAAACCAGGGACAACUGGACCCAUCAGGUCCAGUCAAGGACGAUCUGGGACAACUGGACCAUCAGCUGGAGGGUCAGGGACCACAGGACCAUCUUCUGGAGAAACAGGAUCAGCAGAAACACCUUCUAUAGCUUCAGGAACCACUGCAUCAUCAUCUGAAAAACGAGGGACAACAGGACCAUCAUCUACAGGUUCAGAAACAAGUGGUCCUGGAGUUGGAGGGUCAGGAACCCCUGGAACCACUGGUCCAUCAGCUGCAGGAUCAGGGACCACAGGACCUUCUGCUGGAGAAACAGGAUCAGCAGGAGCACGUUCCAUAGGUUCAGGAACCACUGCAUCAUCAUCUGAAAAACCAGGGACAACUGGACCAUCAGCUGGAGGGUCAGCAAGCCCUGGAGUAACACCUGGAGGGUCAGGGACAACUGGUUCAUCUGCUGGAAUUCCAGGCACAGGUGCGUCAACUCAAGCAGGAUCUGGGACCACUGGUCCAUCAGCUGCAGGAUCAGGGACCACAGGACCUUCUGCUGGAGAAACAGGAUCAGCAGGAGCACAUUCCAUAGGUUCAGGAACCACUGCAUCAUCAUCUGAAAAACCAGGGACAACUGGACUGCUGGAUUCCUGGGUACUACUCGGGUCAACUCAAGGAGAAUCUGGGACAACUGGUCCAUCAGCUGGAGGAUCAGGGACCACAGGACCAUCUGCUGGAGAAACAGGAUCAGCAGGAACACCUUCCGUAGGUUCUGGAACCACUGCAUCAUCAUCUGAAAAACCAGGGACAACUGGCCCAUCAGCUCGAGGGGCAGGAACAAGUAGUCCAGGAACUGGAGGGUCAGGAAGCCCUGGAGUCACAUCUGGAGGGUCAGGGACAACUGUUUCAGCUGCUGGAAAUCCAGGCACAGGGACAACAGGACCAUAUUCUACGGGUUCAGGAACAAGUGGUGCAGGAGCUGGAGUGUCAGGAACCCCUGGAGUAACACCUGGAGGGUCAGGGACAACUGGUUCAGCUGCUGGAAGUCCAGGCACAGGUGCGUCAACUCAAGCAGGAUCUGGGACCACUGGUCCAUCAGCUGCAGGAUCAGGGACCACAGGACCUUCUGCUGGAGAAACAGGAUCAGCUGCUGGAAUUCCAGGCACAGGUGGGUCAACUCAAGCAGGAUCUGGGACCACUGGUCCAUCAGCUGCAGGAUCAGGGACCACAGGACCUUCUGCUGGAGAAACAGGAUCAGGUCCAUCAGCUGCAGGAUCAGGGACCACAGGACCUUCUGCUGGAGAAACAGGAUCAGCAGAAACACCUUCCAUAGGUUCAGGAACCACUGCAUCAUCAUCUGAAAAACCAGGGACAACUGGACCAUCAUCUACAGGUUCAGGAACAAGUGGUGCAAGAGGUGGAGUGUCAGGAAGCCCUGGAGUAACACCUGGAGGGUCAGAGACAACUGGUUCAGCUGCUGGAAGGCCAGGCACAGGUGGGUCAACUCAAGCAGGAUCUGGGACCACUGGUCCAUCAGCUGGAGGAUCAGGGACCACAGGACCAUCUGCUGGAGAAACAGGAUCAGCAGGAACACCUUCCAUAGUUUCUGGAACCACUGCAUCAUCAUCUGAAAAAUCAGGAACAACUGGCCCAUCAGCUCCAGGUUCAGGAACAAGUGGUCCUGGAGCUGGAGGGUCAGGAAGCCCUGGAGGUCCUGGAGCUGGAGGGUCAGGAAGCCCUGGGGUAACACCUGGAGGGUCAGGGACAACUGGUUCAGCUGCUGGACUUCCGGGCACAACUGGGUCAACUCAAGCAGGAUCUGGGACCACUGGUCCAUCAGCUGCAGGAUCAGGGACCACAGGACCUUCUGCUGGAGAAACAGGAUCAGCAGGAGCACGUGAUCUGGGACACCUCGACCAUCAGCUGGAGGAUCAGGGUACCACAGGACCUUCUGCUGGAGAAUCAGGAUCAGCAGGAACGCCUUCCAUAGGUUCAGGAACCACUGCAUCAUCAUCUGAAAAACGAGGGACAACAGGACCAUCAUCUACAGGUUCAGAAACAAGUGGUGCAGCAGCUGGAGGGUCAGGAACCCCUGGAACCACUGGUCCACCAGCUGCAGGAUCAGGGACCACAGGACCUUCUGCUGGAGAAACAACCACUGGUCCAUCAGCUGGAGGAUCAGGGACCACAGGACCAUCUGCUGGAGAAACAGGAUCAGCAGGAACACCUUCCAUAGGGACAACUGGACCACCAGCUCCAGGUGCAGGAACAAGUGGUCCUGGAGCUGGAGGGUCAGGAAGCCCUGGGGUAACACCUGGAGGGUCAGGGACAACUGGUUCAACUGCUGGACUUCCGGGCACAACUGGGUCAACUCAAGCAGGAUCUGGGACUCCUGGACCAUCAGCUGGAGGAUCAGGGACCACAGGAUCUUCUGCUGGAGAAACAGGAUCAGCAGGAGCACGUUCCAUAGGUUCAGGAGUUCAGAAACAAGUGGUCCUGGAGCUGGAGGGGACAACUGGACCAUCAGGUCCAGGUGCAGCAACAAGUGGUCCUGGAACUGGAGGGUCAGCAAGCCCUGGAGUAACACCUGGAGGGUCAGGGACAACUGGUUCAUCUGCUGGAAUUCCAGGCACAGGGACAACUGGACCAUCAUCUACAGGUUCAGGAACAAGUGGUGCAAGAGGUGGAGUGUCAGGAAGCCCUGGAGUAACACCUGGAGGGUCAGAGACAACUGGUUCAGCUGCUGGAAGGCCAGGCACAGGUGGGUCAACUCAAGCAGGAUCUCGGACCACUGGUCCAUCAGCUGGAGGAUCAGGGACCACAGGACCAUCUGCUGGAGAAACAGGAUCAGCAGGAGCACCUUCCGUAGCUGCUGGAUUCCUGGGUACUACUCGGUCAACUCAAAGAGGAUCUGGGACAACUGGUCCAUCAGCUGGAGGAUCAGGGACCACAGGACCAUCUGCUGGAGAAACAGGAUCAGCAGGAACACCUUCCGUAGGUUCUGGAACCACUGCAUCAUCAUCUGAAAAACCAGGGACAACUGGCCCAUCAGCUCGAGGGGCAGGAACAAGUAGUCCAGGAACUGGAGGGUCAGGAAGCCCUGGAGUCACAUCUGGAGGGUCAGGGACAACUGUUUCAGCUGCUGGAAAUCCAGGCACAGGAACCACUGCAUCAUCAUCUGAAAAACCAGGGACAACAGGACCAUAUUCUACGGGUUCAGGAACAAGUGGUGCAGGAGCUGGAGUGUCAGGAACCCCUGGAGUAACACCUGGAGGGUCAGGGACAACUGGUUCAGCUGCUGGAAGUCCAGGCACAGGUGGGUCAACUCAAGCAGGAUCUGGGGGACAACUGGACCAUCAGGUCCAGGUGCAGCAACAAGUGGUCCUGGAACUGGAGGGCACAGGUGCGUCAACUCAAGCAGGAUCUGGGACCACUGGUCCAUCAGCUGCAGGAUCAGGGACCACAGGACCUUCUGCUGGAGAAACUGGUCCAUCAGCUGCAGGAUCAGGGACCACAGGACCUUCUGCUGGAGAAACAGGAUCAGCAGAAACACCUUCCAUAGGAUCUGGGACACCUCGACCAUCAGCUGGAGGAUCAGGUACCACAGGACCUUCUGCUGGAGAAUCAGGAUCAGCAGGAACGCCUUCCAUAGGUUCAGGAACCACUGCAUCAUCAUCUGAAAAACGAGGGACAACAGGACCAUCAUCUACAGGUUCAGGAACCACUGCAUCAUCAUCUGAAAAACCAGGGACAACUGGACCAUCAUCUACAGGUUCAGGAACAAGUGGUGCAAGAGGUGGAGUGUCAGGAAGCCCUGGGAGAUCUGGGACACCUCGACCAUCAGCUGGAGGAUCAGGUACCACAGGACCUUCUGCUGGAGAAUCAGGAUCAGCAGGAACGCCUUCCAUAGGUUCAGGAACCACUGCAUCAUCAUCUGAAAAACGAGGGACAACAGGACCAUCAUCUACAGGUUCAGGAACCACUGCAUCAUCAUCUGAAAAACCAGGGACAGCUGGACCUUCAGCUCCAGGUGCAGCAACAAGUGGUCCUGGAUUUGGAGGGUCAGGAAGCCCUGGGGUAACACCUGCAGGGUCAGGGACAACUCGUUCAGCAGCUGGAUUUCUUGGUACUACUCGGUCAACUCAAGGAGGAUCUGUGACAACUGCACCAUCAGCUGGAGGAUCUAGGAGCACAGGACCAUCUGCUGGAGAAACAGGAUCAGCAGGAAGACCUUCCAUAGAUUCUGAAACCACUGCAUCAUCAUCAGAAAAACCAGGGACAACUGGACCACCAGCUCCAGGUGCAGGAACAAGUGGUCCUGGAGCCGGAGGGUCAAGAAGCCCUGGAGUAACACCUGGAGGGUCAGAGACAACUGGGACAACUCGACCCUCAGCGCCAGGUGCAGGAACAAGUAGUCCAGGAAGUGUAGCGUCUGGAAGCCCUGGAGUAACACCUGGAGGGUCCGCGACAACUGGUUCAGGUUCUCGAUUUCCAGGCACAGCAGGGUCAACUCAGAGAGGAUCUGGGACUCCUGGACCAUCAGCUGGAGGAUCAGGGACCACAGUACCAUCUACUGGAGAAGCAGGAUCAGCAGGAACACCUUCCAUAAUUUCAGGAACCACCGCAUCAUCAUCUGAAAAAUCAGGGACAACUGGACCAUCAGCUGCAGGUUCCAUAAGAAGCACUUCUGGCUCAACAAUUGCACCAGAAAGUUUCAGUACUGGGUCAAAUAUCAAAAUUCCACCAGUACUGAUUGAAGCAGGUACCACUGUAGCAUCAGAAAGUGAAGUCACAGGGAGGAAAACAGGCACCACGGGUGUAGCCCCGGGCACAACUGUUGCCCCAGGAAGUUCCAGGACAGGCACUACUGGCAUAGUCCCUGGAAAAACUCUGGAACCUGGAGCUUACAACACAGGUGCCACCAUGCUUUUGCCUGGAGCCAGCGGCAGCUCACAGAGUUCCAAGCCAGGGACCACUGGAGCAUCAGCAGGUGCAACCACAGGAGCCAACAACAAAAUUACAGGUGACACAGGCUUCAGAGAAGCUGGAUCAGGGGCCCCUACUGCACCAGUGAUAGAACCCAAAGAAGACACUACGCCCAGAGAACCAAGCACAGGAGCAGCAAGCCCAGGAAAUUCAGCUACUGCUGGUGUCGUCCCUGGAAAAACUCUGGAACCUGAAACUCAUAACACAGGUACCACUGGGGUUACCUCAGGCACAGCUGUUAGCCCUGGCACUUCCAACCCAGGUACCACCGGGCUUGCCCCUGGAGCCAGCAGCGGCUCGCCGAAUGGCCAGCCAGGCAGUUCUAUCACACCAGGAAGUCCAGGGUUGGGGAGUGAAACAGUUGAAGGUGACAUGAGGUCCUCUUUCUCUUUCACUGAGAUAUAUGGGAAAGGAAUCUCCAGUAGCCUCAGUGCCACACGGGGAUUCUCUGAGACAACCAUUAUCUCUGGGAGUUACCAGACAGAGGCCAUGACGUUAACAGAUGGCAUCAGUGGUCCUAGCACUGGAGCCAGACCUGGCACCACUAGGCUAGCCCUCGGCACAACUGUUGCCCCUGGCAGUUCCAACACAGGGGCCACAACUUCUGUAGAAGAUGGUAGAAUAACAAGAGUUGGAAUAAUUACAGAAGCCCUGACUCACACAGGAGGCAGUGGAACUACCCAGGGAAGACUGCCAGGAGGUACCACUGAAGAGUUUCCUGGGACGACGAUUACAUUUGGAGGUUUUAACACAGGUACCACUACAGCAGCUUCUCGCACUGCACUUGAACCUGGGAGUUCAAACACAGGGGAAUCUAGUAGCCUAGUCACUGGCAUUCAAACAGGCUCUACUGGAGUGGCCCCUGGCAGGACCGUCUCACCUGGAAGUUCCAACACAGGAUGCCCAGCAUCACUUCCACCACCUCCAGUUUGCCAUGGCCCACUGGGAGAAGAGAAAUCCCCUGGAGACAUCUGGACUGCUAAUUGCCACAAAUGCACCUGUACCAAUGCAAAUGCUGUAGAGUGUAAGCCCAAGGAAUGCCCUUCUCCACCCACAUGCAAGACUGCAGAGAGACUUGUGAAGUUCAAAGAUAAUGACACCUGCUGUGAAAUUGGAUACUGUGAACCAAGAACAUGUUUAUUUAACAAUACCAACUAUGAGAUUGGUGCUUCAUUUGAGGACCCCCAAAACCCCUGUGUCUCCUACUCCUGCAAAGAGGCUGGUUUGGUUGCAGUGGUUCAAGACUGCCCAAGGCAGACCUGGUGUGCGAAAGUAAACCGAGUCUAUGAUUCAAAAAAAUGUUGCUAUACAUGUAAUACUACUUGCAGGACUUCACUGGUGAAUGUCACUGUUAAGUACAAUGGUUGCAGGAAAAGACUUGAGAUGGCAAGAUGUGUAGGGGAAUGCAAAAGGACCAUCAGGUACAAUUAUGAUAUCUUUCAGUUGGAAAAUUCCUGCCUUUGCUGCCAAGAUGAAAUGUAUGAGUACAGAGAAAUUAUUCUUGACUGCCCUGAUGGCAGUACGUUGGCUUACAGAUACAGGCACAUCACAAAGUGUUCUUGCUUAGACAAGUGCCAUACGUCUUCAUCUAUGGCCUCAUAG